UUAAGGUAAAAUAAGUGUUCAUUCAGUAUUGUUGUAAUUGUCAUUAUUACAAAUACAUUUUUUAAAAUCGGCCGAUUAAUCGAUAUUGGCUUUUUUGGUCCUCCAAUAAUCGGUAUCGGUAUCAGUGUUGAAAAAUUGGGUUUUAGUCCAGGAAUGUACAUGUUUUGUAUACUUUUUUUUCUUCCAGUUCACCGAGUUGUGCAUGUAUGGCACAAUAUGGGAAAUAUGAACGGUAAUAAUACCUGUACAAGAGUUAUAUAUUUUAUACAAAAUAUACGUAAUUUAUCCGUUUGCGUUUUUGAUUAAUUCCCUUUCGUUUAUGAGAAAUGUUAUAAGAGUGCAAUCUCCAAGGCGCACAUCUAGACCCACACAGAUGUUCUUGAUCACGUCACAGCUCUACUACACUGACUCCCACCCGGCAGUGAACUUGAAUGCAGAGCAGUGAGGUAGUGAAAAGCAGAGGAUAUCAGCUACAGUAUAUCGCUAUUGGGAGCACUUAAUUCUGCUGCGAUGGGUACGUUGGGGCCAUUUCGCAUGUUCUUGCUUUUUGCGUUAUCUCAGCAGAACGUCUUUGUAGCCGCCAGCGACGUGCUCGAGCUCGGCGAUUCUGAUUUCGAUGACACCGUAGCAGAGUACGAGACUGUGUUGGUGGAGUUCUUCGCGCCUUGGUGUGGUCACUGCCAGCAACUAGCCCCAGAAUAUGAAACUGCAGCAACAAAACUAAAAGGGACCGUGUCUUUAGCUAAAGUAGACUGCACAGUGAACUCUGAGACGUGUGGACGUUUUGGGGUCAAUGGGUACCCCACACUCAAAAUCUUCCGCAAUGGAGAGGACUUUGCUGCUUAUGAUGGACCCAGGAGUACAGAUGGCAUUGUGAGCUACAUGAAAAAACAGGCAGGUCCCAGUUCCGUUCCUCUGCACAAUGAGAGAGACCUAGAUGCAUUUGUCAACCAUUUUGAAGCCAGUGUGGUUGGUUUUUUCUCAAGUGCUGACAGCUCUCAGAUGGCUGAGUUUCUGAAGGCGUCUAGUGCCAUGAGAGACAGCCACCGCUUUGCCCACACUGCAGACCUGAGCCUGGGCCUCAAACACGGUGUGGAAUCAGACACGGUGGUGCUCUUUCGGCCCCCGCGACUCAACAGCAAGUUUGAGGACAGCAUGGUCAAGUCUGAUGAGGCUGUCUCGAUCGCCUCUCUCCGUCAAUUCAUCAGAGAUAAUGUGUUUGGGCUGUGCCCCCAUCUGACUGCUGAGAACAGAGAGAACAUGAGGGGACGGGACUUGCUAGUGGCCUACUACGACGUGGAUUACCUCCGCAACAUCAAGGGCACCAACUACUGGAGGAACAGGGUGAUGAAAGUGGCCACUCAGUUCCAGUCUCAGGGGCUGAAUUACGCUGUGGCCAACAGGGCUGAGUUCCAGGAAGAGCUGGAGGAGGAGUUUGGCCUGGGGCCAUCUGACGGGGGAGAGCUGCCUCUCAUCACCAUCAGGAACGGGGAGGGCCACAAGUACAGCAUGCAGGAGGAGUUCACACGGGACGGGAAAUCCCUGGAGAGGUUCUUGGAGGACUACUUUGCCGGUAAACUGAAGAGGCAGGUCAAGUCAGAGGCUGCUCCCGAAAACAACGAAGGCCCAGUCAAGGUGGUGGUGGCGGACAACUUUGAGGAGUUAGUGAACAACCCUUCCAAGGACGUGCUGCUGGAGUUUUAUGCACCCUGGUGUGGACACUGCAAAAGCCUGGAGCCCAAAUACGCAGAGCUUGGGGAACAGUUGUCCGCCAACACCCACAUUGUUAUAGCAAAGAUGGAUGCCACUGCUAACGACGUUCCUCCAACCUACGAUGUCCAGGGUUUCCCCACUAUUUUCUUCGUCCCAGCAGGACAGAAGGACCAGCCUCGGAAAUACGAGGGUGGCCGUGAGGUGAAUGAUUUCCUCAACUAUCUGAAGGAGGUGGCCACACAUCCCCUUAUCCUGGGCAAUGCCAGAGAAGACUUGUGAGAGCGCAAUGAAGAGAGAGAAGAAAAGAACAAGGGAUGAGUGGACUGGCAAAGAAGCAGAAGACAUGAACUAUGAGGGGAAAAAAAGGAGCCACCCAUUGCAACACUGUUUCAGACCAGAAGAUCUCCUUUGGUUGUCUGUGCCAUACCAGCAACACUGAAUGCUCAUAACAUAGAGGACUUCUAAAUUAAACAAUCAGCAGUUUUUUCUUGGAACUUCAAAAGAGUAAUGUUCUGAAUGUGAGAGGAUGGAGCAUCUUCAAGCACAGUAAUAGGUAGCACAUGUGCAAUAGGCUUUGCCAUUAAACUGGUGACUUGAUGGUUGCAAUUAAUAUUCCCAAGAAAGGCAUACUAGUGUAGCGUCCUUGACUCUGAGUGAGGUACCUCAGACUAUAGAUAAAUGUAGAAAAUGAAAAAUUAUGUGCAACAGUUUUUGCGAAGUUGCUUACAGAUACAAAGAAAAAACUCUGCUAAGCAAAUAGAUAAAAAUGGAAUAAAAUACCUGAUACAGGGGCCUCCCGAGUGGCGCAGCGGUCUAAGGCACUGGGGUGUCACUACAGACCCGGGUUCGAUACCGGUCUAUAUCACAACCGGCCGUUAUCGGGAGUCCCAUAGGGCAGCGCACAAUUGUCCCAG